UGGGCCAACCUUUUUUUGUGUUGGUCAAAAUUUGGCAAGACAAUUAGUUGAGACUUUUUGGACUAAUCAAAAUAAUAAAGAAAAGGUCCCAAAUGUUUCUAUCUCUUCCAAUCCCUGAAUCGUAAAGGUGCGGCAAAAGGGGAAGAUAUAGCCUCGGAAUCCCAACUCCACUUUCUAUAAACUAAAUCCCAAAACCAUGAAUCUAUACGCUCACGAUCUCUCUUUAUUUGAUUUCACCAACUUCUCUGAUAAUCCUAUCAUCGAUCACCCUUCAUCUUUCGCUUCCUUUAUCACUACACCUCCCAGUGAUUCUGAUGAUGUUGAUGCUGGAAAUAAACCAACUUUCACCGCUACUCCUAAGAGUCCACCAAAGCACCGCCAUGACCGGACCUCGCCGUUGCCUUUGGGGAUGGAUUGGUCUUUACCUCCUCGCAGAUGGGAUGGGCGGGACACUGUUUGGCCUCACAAUCCUCAGACAGGGUGGAGUUACUGUGUUACAAUUCCUUCUUGGAUUAUUCUGCCAACAUCUGGAGGUUCAGAUAUUGUCGUGUUUUACCGGGUUCAAGUUGGCAUUCAAUCACCAGAAGGCGUCACUACCACCCGGGAAAUAUUACGAAGAUUUAGUGAUUUCUUGAAGCUACUAUCUGAACUUAAGAAGAUAUUUCCCAAGAAAAAUCUGCCUCCAGCUCCUCCAAAGAGAAUUUUGAGGGUAAAAAACAGAACACUGUUGGAGGAGAGAAGGUGUUCUUUGGAGGAUUGGAUGGAAAAACUUUUAUCAGAUAUUGAUAUUUCCAGAAGUGUUUCAGUGGCAACAUUUCUUGAGCUGGAAGCUGCUGCGAGGUCUUCAUUUGACAACAAUCAACCUGAUGCUGUUUCUUCUGUUGGUAGUGUGGCUCCUUUAUUUCUGUCCAAGAACUACUUGGAUAUUGAUAAUGCAUCUGAUCUUGAUAAUGCUUCUUCUGAGAUAUCUGAGCUUGGAACUCCAAGGCAGGGAAAAGAUGGUUCUGCUGGUCCUUCCAUGGAACAUUCAAUUUUGGAACCCAAUUUGAUUGAACCCUUAAAGAAAAGUAUGAAGAAAAAAGUGCAUUCUGGACUUGAAAGUGACAUUGCAGGAGAUAAAGUUACCGAAAAUAAUACUGACAGGAGAUUUCUUCGUGGAGAUGGAGCAGAGCACUUGCCUGAACCGGAUCAUUGCAAAAUGGAUGGCCAUGUUCGAAGAUUGUCAAUAGAAAGCAUUGGAAGUGAUUUAAGUUCAGUCCGAGCAAGUGAAAUAUCAAACUUGGGAAUAGCUAGUUUGUUUGGUGAUGGGUUACAUGACUUGCCUGAAAGUGCUGAAGCUUCUAGAACCUUGGAUUCUCUUAGCCCCAACUUACAAUUCCAUAAAGAUCUGCUUAUCCUUUUUCUAUCAGAUGAGCGUCAUAAAUUAAAAAGGGUUCUUAAUACGCUGCAGAGGAGACUAGCUACAGCAAAUACAGACAUGGAAGAUCUUAUAUCAAGGUUGAAUCAAGAAGUUGCAGUUAGACAGUUCCUUGUAACAAAGGUUAAGGAUUUGGAAGUGGAACUUGAAACCACUAGAGAGAAUUGUGAUGAAAACAUGCAACAAGCUGUUUUGCUUGAAAGAGAAAGAUUUACCCAAAUGCAGUGGGAUAUGGAGUUGCUUCGGAAACAGUGUUUAGAAAUGGAAUUGAAGUUAAAGAAGGAACAGGAUGAGAAGGCACACAUUGAGUCAGCAAAGUUAUUAUUGAUGAAGGAGAGCAAAACGUUGCUGCAAGAGUUGGAUGUUGCUAGAGAACAGCUUGCAGACUUGCAAAAACAUCACGAGGAGUUAGAGGUGAAAUCAAAAGCAGAUGUAAAGCUCCUUGUUAAGGAGGUGAAAUCUCUUCGAAGCUCUCAAUCUGAAUUGAAGCAAGAACUUAGCCGUGUGAUGAAAGAAAAACUAGAAUUGGAGAGGAUUAUGCAGAAGGAAAAGAAAAGGAUGGAGCAUGCCAAUGCUGCAAACACUAAACUGCUUCACGAGUGCAAUCUUCUCUGGGAUCGGCUCCAAGAAUGCAGUGUUAAUUUCCUCAGUGAGGAAGAGGAUAAGUUGAAUGUUGAUACUUCAUCUCCAUCUGAUGCUCUGGAUCUCUUAACAACUUCUGAUAAUCGAAUUGGUCUCCUUCUUGCUGAGGCACAGCUCCUUGCACAAGAUGUAGAAAAUUCGGUGGUUAGAUCGGAAGAGAGCCAUAAGAUGAAAGACGGUGAUAAAAGAAUAGAUGACGAGCUGAGGAAGAUGCUAACAGAUAUGUUUGUUGAUAAUGCAAGAUUAAGGAAGCAAGUGAACUCGGUAGUACGUUGUGCUCUCAAUGCAUAUGUGAAGACUGACGAAGAUGAUGAUGAUGAUGAUGAUAGUGAAGAAGAAGAGGUAGAGGAAGAGGAGGAAACCCAUUUGAGGAAAACUGUUCUGAGCAAAUUCUUGUAAAGAUAUAAACUGUAGAUGAGAACAAAUAGUGAAUUGAUAUUUGUUUCUGAAUUCAAGAUACUCUUCUCAUUCCUGUAUUACUACUGCACAUUUGCCGUAUAGCUACAAUUUUUUUUAUUAUUUAAUUAUUUAUCUUUUAUUUGCAUUACAAA